CGCGAGACUCAAAAUAGUUCCUCUCCACCCCCCCCCCCAACACCGUGUCCGAAUACAAACUGACAAGUCACCGUUGGAGAAAGAAGAGAAGAUGGAAGACGACGCGCCCGUCAUUUAUGGGCUGGAGUUUCAGGCACGUGCUUUAACACCGCAAACUGCAGAAACUGAUGCAAUCAGAUUUCUUGUAGGCACUCAGUCUCUGAAGUACGAUAAUCAGAUUCACAUCAUAGAUUUUGAUGAUGAAAAUAACAUUAUUAACAAGAACGUCCUUCUGCAUCAAGUAGGAGAAAUAUGGCACAUGAGUACCAGCCCUGCAGAUAAAGGAGUUCUUGCAACUUGCUACAAUAAAACUUCAGAUAGUAAAAUCCUGACAUGUGCUGCUAUAUGGCGCAUACCAAAGGAAUUGGAAACAGGCAGUCAUGAAUCUCCUGAUGAUUCAUCAAGCAACCCACAAACCCUGGAGCUGCUUUGUCACCUUGACAACACAACCUAUGGCAACAUGUCUUGUGUAUUAUGGGAGCCAAUGGGAUGUGGUACAAAGAUAGCAUCGCUGACUGAUAAUUAUAUUCUUCUUUGGGAUUUACAAGAAAGCUCAAGCAAGGCAGUGCUCUCAUGUUCUACAACUUUGAAAGGAAAAGGUCAGUUAAAGUUUACUUCUGGCUGCUGGAGCCCUCAUCACAACUGCUCGCAACUUGCCACGGCAAAUGACACAGCUAUUCGAGGCUGGGACAUUAGAACCAUGUGUCAAGUUUAUUGCAUUGAAAAUGCCCAUGGCCAAUUGGUACGAGACCUUGACUUCAAUCCCAACAAACAAUACUACUUAGCAAGCUGUGGGGAUGACUGUAAAGUGAAGUUUUGGGACACCAGAAAUGUCCAUGAACCAGUCAAGACUUUGGAAGAACAUUCCCAUUGGGUAUGGAGUGUCCGAUACAAUCAUUCACAUGAUCAAUUGCUGUUGACUGCCAGCAGUGACAGCAGAGUCAUCCUGUCCAACAUGGUUUCCAUUUCAUCUGAACCCUUUGGCCAUCUGGUGGAUGAUGAUGAUUUAAGUGACCAUGAAGACAAUCAUAAUGAAGACAAGAAAGAACCACUACAGGACAGUAUAAUAGCAACAUAUGAAGAGCAUGAAGAUAGUGUCUAUGCUGUUGAAUGGUCCUCUGCUGAUCCAUGGUUAUUUGCAUCUUUAAGUUAUGAUGGAAGACUGGUGAUAAACCGGGUACCACGAGCAUUAAAAUACAGUAUUUUGUUGUAAUUUUGCAGCAAAGAGGCCCUUUUGGGCCAGGGUGGGGGGCGUUGAUCAUCCUGAUUUGCUUGGGGCAGGGCAGAGCCCUUGAUACAUGAUAGACCUAGAAGUCUGGGUUUCUCUGUAUGUUGUGAAAUGUUAACACAACAGCAUAUACCUUUUCUGAUGUUGACUUGUUCCACGCUUAGAAGUCAGGCCUGGCUUCCUAUUGAGCAGAUUGCUUGCUGGAGAAAUUCAAAUGGGCCAGGUGGAUCCAGUCCAUGAUCCUGGAAUGAGUAGGGGAGGAGGGUCUGAUUCAUGACCCUUAGGGAAAGAUCCAACCAAGACCACAGGAUUGCUAGCUUAGGUGGGUAUUGGAGAAAGGAUUCCUGUGAAGGUACUUGUCUUUUCCCUGAGAUUAUUCUUCCUUUGCUGCUACUGCUGCCACUGCCAGUCCUGCUCAGGUUGGCAACAGUUAAACUUGCAAAGUAGAAUAGAUACAGAGAUUCCUACCUCAAUGUCUACAAGAUGCCGCUCCACCUCCUGGGAGUGGGUUGAUUGCCUGCCAUUUGAUCCCUGGUUGCCCAACCAUUGUUUUGUUUCAGCAUAACUUAAAAGUUGAUGGGUAGGAACCAACUUCCCAACACAUUUGUUUUUUUUUUGUCUGUUUAAUUCCUCAUCUGUGAUCAAUCCAACUAGUUCACUAAUGUUGAAAUUUCCCCACUAUUUUCUUGAUUUUAAUUUACUUUUGUACAAUUUCUGUUAUAUGAAACUCCGAAUAAAAAUUGGCAUUGUGACAUAA